AUGUCCCAAGUACGGCAACGUUUGACACGCGGGAAGCGUGAGAACGACACCUCUGCUGAGUCUGAAGCUGUUUUGAGGACCGCGACCGACAUGGACAAGUCGUCCAUCAUAAGCGCACUGCGCCGACAGCCAGUGUGGGUGGUUUUAGCGAUUUCGAGCGGUGCAUGUGCAGCCUUCAAUGGAGUUUUUGCAAAGUUAACAACGACAGCACUCACCUCGACACUCUCAUCACACAUUGCGACAUUCUUCUCGCUCUCGCCUACGAACCCGACGGUCGAAUUCCUAGUACGCGGCACCUUCUUUCUGCUCAACCUAGCAUUCAACGCGGCCAUGUGGGCGUUGUUCACGGCGGCGCUGACGCGCGCGGACAGCACCACGCGUGUCAGCAUCGUCAACGUUAGCGCCAACUUCAUGAUUACCGCGAUCCUCGGCUGGCUGAUCUUCAACGAGAAGUUGAAUGGCAUGUGGUGGGGAGGGGCCAGUCUCCUGGCCGCAGGCAACGUCGUCAUCGGCAGGAGGGAGGAGGGCCAGAAACCCGGCGGAAGCGUGGGGCUGGACGAGUCUGCCAGAGAGGCUGAGGAGGCGGAGGGUUUGCUGGGUACGGACGGGCCUGGACGAGACAGAGAAAUCGAAUUGGAUGAUGCCACACAUGCCCAUCUCAGGCCGCGUUCAAGUGACGACCAUCACAGACUGAGGAGGGCAGAAGAGGCGGAUGAUCCCAUUUGA